ACUUGUCCUUCCGCAAUACUACACAACAACACUCUUGAUCUCUAUAAUGGAUCUCUACCAGUAUGAUACGACCGGUAACACAAUGGUCACGUUUCUGCGCAACAUUCUUUCAAUUCCAUUGUACCAGUUUAACGCUAUGAUGUGGCAACUUCCCACCUCACUCAAUAUUUCCGAACUCGAACUUCCAGCAGAGAACUAUGUGAAAGGAACUUAUGCUAGCAGCCAACUGAGGAGCGUUCCAGAGACUUGGACGGUUUGGACCUAUAUCGGACUGUGUGCUGGGAUGCUGUUGAUUAUUUUAGGCAUUCAUGGUUGGGCUAUGCAGGAUGAAAUUCCUGAAAAGUCGGCUUUUCCCAUGCCUGAUUUGUGGAGCUGAUUGAGGAGGUUGAUGCUCCAAUUUCGAAGGUAAAAAUUGCAGAGAGUGGGUAUGUGGUUGAGAAGAGAGGGAAGAUGAAAGUCACGAAUAGUGAAGAAUUACUUCGGAGUGAAAAGUGGGUGCGCGUGAAGAGGGAGCAGGAAGGUUUGUCCGACGAAAGC